CAUGCGCGUGACAUGUGUCUAGAACAGAAAGUGAGCCCCCACGUUCUGUUAUUUAUUUAAGUAUUUAUUUAUUUAUUUAUUUUUAUUCCAGCUGUGCUCUUUCUUUUUUGCUUUUCUUCCCCUUGCCUUGCGCGCGCGCACGCGCUCGUUUGCGCCUGCGUAUUAUACGUGUAUGUGUAUGUGUGCGUGCGCGCGAGGGUGCCCGCCCGGGUGUGUGUGUGCGCGUGUGCAUGAGUGUGUGCGUGUAAGCGCACGCGCGCGCGCCUGCGUGUGUAUGUUGUUAUUAUUAUCAUCCCGCCUGCCUGCUCCUCACCGCGCCGCUCGCGCUCAGAAUGGCCAGAUUCACCCAGACUGAAGCGAGAAGGCAGCAUCAGCAUCAGCAGCAGCUUCAGCAUCAUCAGCAUCAGCAGCUUCAGCACCACCACCUCCACCACCAUCAGCAUCAGCCUCCUCCACCCCACCACCACCACCAGCCCCAAAUCCAGCCCCAGCCUACCCACGCCAGCGCGCUCCUCAGCGGACCGGGGGCAGCACCGAGCCAGCCGCCAGCGCUCGUCCUCGCGCAGCAGCCCCAGUACGCGCAGAUCACGUUCGCCAAACCCAUGAGCGGCUCCGAGGCCGUGUCCAUACACGCGGACGGCGGCACCAUGAAAGACCAGGACGCCAUAAAGCUCUUCAUAGGACAAAUCCCGCGCAACCUCGAGGAGAAGGACCUCAAGCCCCUGUUUGAGCAGUUUGGCAAAAUCCACGAGCUCACCGUGCUGAAGGACCGCUACACCGGCAUGCACAAAGGCUGUGCGUUCCUCACCUACUGCGCCCGUGAGUCAGCCAUCAAAGCCCAGAAUGCACUACACGAACAGAAAACUCUGCCAGGGAUGACACGGCCUAUUCAGGUUAAACCAGCUGACAGCGAGAGUCGUGGAGAGGACAGGAAGCUGUUUGUUGGCAUGCUGAACAAGCAGCAGACGGAGGAGGACGUGUACCGCAUUUUCGAGCCCUACGGAGUCAUUGAGGAGUGUACUGUAUUAAGGGGUCCUGACGGAAACAGCAAAGGCUGUGCCUUUGUUAAGUUCUCCACACACACCGAGGCUCAGUCAGCAAUCGGCGGUCUACACGGGAGCCAGACCAUGCCUGGGGCGUCCUCCAGUCUGGUGGUGAAGUUCGCCGACACUGAUAAAGAGAGGACCAUCCGCCGCAUGCAACAGAUGGUGGGCCAGUUUGGCAUCUUCAACCCUGCUGUGGCUCUGCCUUUCAGCACGUACAGCAGCACCUACAGCACCUACACACACGCCCUAAUGCAGCAGCAGGCGGCCAUAAUGGCGGCGUCUCACGGCGCCUACCUCGCACCCAGCAUGGCGUUUCCAGCCACGCAAAUCCACCAGGUGGGGGCGCUCAACAUGAACGGCCUGCCGCCCACCCCCAUGACCCCAGUGUCAGGUCUGAGCUCACCGCCAGCUAACCUGGCAUCCUCUGUGCCCAGCAUAGUGACCCCCAUCGUUAACGGCUUCACCGGAAUCGCUCCUCAGCCCAACGGACAUCCGGUGGAGGCGGUCUAUGCCAACGGCCUUCCUCCGUACUCCACCCAGAGCCCCACUGCAGCAGACACACUGCAGCAGGCCUUCACUGGAGUCCAGCAAUACACAGCCAUUUACCCCACCACCACACUGACCCCUAUAGGCCAGACGUUGCCACAGCCGCCUCAGGUGAUUCAGCAGCAGCAGCAACAGCAGAGAGAAGGUCCAGAGGGCUGUAACCUGUUUAUUUAUCACCUGCCGCAGGAGUUUGGUGAUAAUGAGCUGAUGCAGAUGUUUCUGCCUUUUGGCUCUGUCAUCUCCUCCAAAGUGUUUAUGGACCGAGCCACCAACCAGAGCAAGUGCUUCGGCUUCGUGAGCUUUGAUAACCCCGCCAGUGCCCAUGCAGCCAUCCAAGCCAUGAACGGCUUCCAGAUCGGCAUGAAGCGCUUGAAAGUUCAGCUGAAACGGCCGAAGGACGCCAGCCGCCCGUACUGACCCUCGCCACGGACACACACACGCAUACACACAGCCAACAGCACAGGUUUGAACAGUUGCAGUCUUGACAGCUUUUGACGGAUGGGAAAGUUUUCUCGCCAAACCGACACGAAAUAAAAAAAAAGAAAACGAGACCAACGUGAAAUAUUGUGUAUAAAAACAACGAGUGAGUGUGAUGAAGAAAAAAAAAACAACAGGAGUUUUUAUUUUCUUUUGUUUGUUCGUUCGUUUAUUUUGGAAUAAAAAGAGACGAUAAAAAACAACAUAUCAGAUUAACCUUUCCCGUGCAUCAUCACCACUGUGAUGACACCGGCGAUGACAGUUGUUUAGCAGACCAGGGAACAACCGCAACACGAACAAGAAGCCAAGCCAGCAGUGUGGAUUCAGCCAAACAGGACUGGAACGAACUUAUUCUUGGAUUUUGGAAGGACAAUGCGGCUUUUGCGGAGCUGCGACGGAUCGGAUCCUUGUACAGAAUCUUCGGAAUCUUCGGAAUCUUUUGGAAUCUUUGGAAUCUUCGGAAUCUUCGGAAUCACGAAGCGAUCUGCACCCACGGCUUUUACUUAUAUGGACUAAUGAGGGUUUAAACGUGAAGAUUUAAUCCAAGGAUAUAAAAACGAACAAAAACUGAGACGCAUUUUUGUCAUUUGGACAGACUGAACAUUUUCUCUCUCUUUCUCUCUCUUUCUCUCUCUCUUGUAAUUCUCUUCUUCCUCUCUUCUUCUGCAGAGCUCUUGUAAAUGGCUCAUUAGAAGCAGUUCCACAGAAGCAGUAUCAUUGCAUUUCUCUAUUCUCUCUAUUCUAUUCUAAUCUAUUCUAAUCUAUUGUCUCUCUAUUUUCUCCCUCACUCUAUCCAUCCAUCCCUCUCUCCGACUCCCUCUCCCUCUCCCUCUCUCACCCACAGGCCCCCUUUUGGGGGGGAACAGAGGACCAAAUCUUUUUAAUCUCUAUCUACAGUAACAAUAUUUCAAUAUUAUCAUUGAUGAUUAUCUUACGAUACAGGCUACUGCAUAAAAAUAUUACAAGUAAGAAUUAGAACAGAAUACUUCAGGGUGUAUAGUGUAUGUACAAAUAAUA